AUGUCCGCCUUCUGCCUGGGCUUGGCCAGCCCCGCUUCAGCACCCGCGGAGCCGGACAGCGCCUGCUGCAUGGAGCUGCCCACCGCGGCCACGGACGCAGUCGGGAGUCCAGCUGCCACCGCCCUGGUCUCCUUCCCUGGAGGCCCCGGGGAUCUGGAACUGGCAUUAGAGGAGGAGCUGGCGCUGCUGGCGGCCGGGGAACGGCCGUCCGACGCCGGGGAGCAUCCCCCAGCAGAGCCCGGGCCUUCGGCUGAGGGAGCUGAACUGCAGCCACCGCCCGCCCAGGACACCGAGCUGCUGUCGGUGAUCCGGCAGAAGGAGAAAGAUCUGGUGUUGGCAGCCCGGCUGGGCAAGGCGCUGCUCGAGAGGAACCAGGACAUGAGCCGGCAGUACGAACAGAUGCACAAGGAGCUGACAGACAAACUGGAGCACUUAGAACAAGAGAAGCAUGAAUUGAGAAGACGAUUUGAGAACCGAGAAGGAGAGUGGGAAGGGCGUGUGUCAGAGCUGGAGAGUGACGUGAAACAGCUUCAGGAUGAGUUGGAGAGGCAGCAAGUCCAUCUACGGGAGGCAGAUCGAGAAAAAACACGAGCUGUCCAGGAAUUAUCUGAACAGAACCAAAGGUUAUUGGAUCAACUCAGCAGGGCAUCAGAAGUUGAGAGACAGCUCUCCAUGCAAGUCCACGCCCUGAGAGAAGACUUUCGGGAGAAAAACUCAUCGACUAACCAGCACAUCAUCCGUCUGGAAAGCCUUCAGGCUGAGAUCAAGAUGCUGUCGGAUCGGAAACGGGAGCUGGAGCUUCGCCUCAGCGCCACCUUAGAGGAAAAUGACCUGCUCCAGGGGACUGUGGAGGAGCUACAGGACCGGGUGCUGAUCCUGGAGAGGCAGGGCCAUGACAAAGACCUGCAGCUGCAUCAAAGCCAGCUGGAGCUCCAGGAGGUGCGCCUCUCCUACCGGCAGCUGCAGGUGAAGGUGGAGGAGCUCACUGAGGAGAGGAGUCUGCAGAGCUCUGCUGCCACCAGCACGUCCCUCCUGUCCGAGAUCGAGCAGAGCAUGGAGGCCGAGGAGCUGGAGCAAGAGAGAGAGCAGCUGAGACUGCAGCUCUGGGAAGCCUACUGCCAGGUCCGCUAUCUCUGCUCACACCUUCGAGGAAACGACAGUGCUGACUCGGCCGUCUCCACGGACUCCUCAAUGGACGAGUCUUCAGAAACCUCGUCUGCCAAGGAUGUGCCAGCCGGCAGCCUGCGCACUGCCCUCAGCGAGCUCAAGAGGCUGAUACAGAGCAUCGUGGAUGGCGUGGAGCCCACGGUGACACUGCUGAGUGUGGAGAUGACUGCACUGAAGGAGGAGAGAGACCGACUCAGAGUGACAUCUGAGGACAAGGAACCGAAGGAGCAGCUUCAGAAGGCCAUCAGGGACCGGGAUGAGGCCAUUGCAAAGAAAAACGCUGUGGAGCUGGAACUCGCCAAGUGCAAGAUGGACAUGAUGUCUCUGAACAGCCAGCUGCUGGACGCCAUCCAGCAGAAGCUGAACCUCUCACAGCAGCUUGAGGCUUGGCAGGAUGACAUGCACAGGGUCAUUGACCGGCAGCUGAUGGACACGCACCUGAAGGAACGGAGCCGGCCUGCGGCUGCCCCCUCCAGGGCCCAUGGCACGGGCCACGGGGACGAGCCCGGCACCACUGAAGGCAAACGGCUCUUCUCAUUCUUCAGGAAAAUCUAAACUGGGAGGAGUCAGGCCAGCGAGGAUGGGUGGACUGGAGGCAACUGAAAGCGGGGCGGGUGUUUGCAUGCACGGGCCUCCCCCCGACCAGGCUCGGGGGCCGCACUGCUGGCCCGCACAGGGGCCGAGUCGUCUGAGAGGGCCCUGCUUGGCCUCUGAAGGCUGUCCUUGAUAGAGGGACAGGCAGGAGCCCUGUGCCCUGCCCAGCCAAGCCCAGCCCGGGCCUCCCGAGGAUCCGCUGUUGUGGAGCAGGGCUCAGGCUGCCUCCAGAGCACCAGCCCCGCCCGUCCCUCGGUGGCUCCCGGGCCCCGCCCCUGGCCCUGCUGCCCUCCUCUUGUGGCAUGUGGGGGACAGGAGAAACAGGCCCUCUCCGCAUGCCUCAGGGCGCCCUUGCUGCUGCCGCUGGCCCGAGCCCCCAGCCCUCCCCAUCCCCUGGCCCAGGGAGGAAGGGGAGGCAGCCCCUCACCCAUGUGCAUGCACCUCUGCCAGGAGCACUUGGUGGGCAGGAGACCCAGCCUGUGGAGCCUGAUGGCCAGGGGGCUCUUCUCUUGCUCUCAGCCACGGUCGGCUCUGUCACGGGCUUGGCUGAGGCCGUCUGAGCCCAGACGGAAGAGGGCCUGCCCCCGGCACCACUGCCCUCCUUCCCCGGCCUCCGCCGGUGCAGGCCUCCCCUCAGCGGGCGGGCCGGCCAGUCUUCCGCCAGGCCCUGGGCGGGCUUCAGCCGUCCCGUCCUUUCCCCUUUGUGGGGCCGGGACUGGGAAGCGCCCCGCUCCCCUCACAUAAUCCACUUCUCGGGUCAGCCAGGCAAGGCCAGGCCCCAGAAUGGCCCCAGAGGGGCCUGCAGUCAUCCACUCUGCCUCAAGGGCAGCGCCGUCACCACGGGGUGGACGCCUCCAGAUACUGCCCCCUCGGCCUGCAGAAGGACGACCCCUGCCACCUGCUGCUCCUGCUCCUUCGGCAGCCACUGCUCCUCCUCUGCUGAGGCCUCACUCAAGGCUCCCAGGCCGAGCAGCCCACAGGCUGCUUCGCAAAGGAUCGUCUCCCUCCCUCACCUGGGAAAAGCACAGCAGGGAUGAGCGGAAAGAAUGUACCUAUAGAUAUGUACAUACCACAGUGCUGUACUUUUGUAUGUAGCAAUCAUGUAAAUACAUGUAUGGAUUUUAUAAUAUACAUAUUAUAUAUACAAAUCUAUAAAGGCAUAUUUUUAGAAAAACAGCGCACCACUGCUUCUUUUGA